AUGCGAAAGCAUGGCUCGGCGGCGGAGCGAGCCGCGGCCGAGGCGACCGACCGGUUCGUCUCGACCGAGGAGCCGGUCAUGAAUACUCCGACCGAUGGCGCAGAUGAGCAGGCGGAGGCGGCGGCGGUUGCGGCAGAGGCCCCUCCCUCUUCUCGCCCGGCAAGCUUCGACACGGGCCGGCCGCCGGAGUCCACGAUGGGCGGCGAGACGACGUGCAUAAUUUGCUUCACCGACCCGAAGUCUCACAUAGCGACGCCGUGUGGCCAUGUGCAUGUCGCGUGA